AUGGCUAGUAAUCGCAUGCGUCGUGUAGCCAAAGAACUGGCCGACAUUGAGAAAGACAAGAGCUCUCAAGUCAAGGUUGAGCCGAUUGGCGACCAUGAAGAUAUCACGCAUCUCCGUGGUUCCUUUCCAGGGCCACCCGACACGCCGUAUCAAGGCGGCACCUACAGUGUUGAUAUCAAGAUCCCCACCGAUUAUCCCUUCCGUCCUCCACUCAUGAAGUUUGAGACCAAAGUGUGGCAUCCAAAUAUCAGCAGCCAAACGGGUGCAAUCUGUCUUGAUACUCUUGGAACAGCUUGGUCGCCCGUUUUGACCGUCAAAUCCUCUUUGCUUUCACUGCAAUCACUGCUUAGCACCCCAGAGCCGAAAGACCCCCAAGAUGCGGAGGUCGCCACGAUGAUGCUACAGGCCCCUCAGGAAUUUGAGCGUGUUGCACGCCAAUGGGCUGUGAUGUAUGCCGGUGCGCCUUCCACCCGCACUACUUCAGACACUACAGGCGUAGCAAAUACGGCUCAGUCAUCAGCUCCCAAGGACGAUACCGCUCGAUACGGCGGAUAUAACAGGGACCUAGUGACCCGUUUCACCGACAUGGGCUUCGAUGUGGAACAAGUGGUGUCUGCUUUACGCUUUGUUGGCAUCAACACCAAUGGAGGCCAGCCCCGGGAAUUAGAGGAUGCUCAACUGGGGGAUAUCACUGCUCGUCUGCUGGGCGAUUAA